CGGUGCCACGGGGCGAGGCAGAAGACGGCUCGCAGCCACCGAAGUCGGAGGUCGCCACGCUCCGGAAUACCGAAAAGUCCCGGACAAAAUGGGGUGGCCGCCGCUCGUCACGCUCUCGGCCCUCGUCCUCGUCUAUCUGUCUGGCCUUCACGCACAGUCCGACUCGGAUCUGGUGUUCGAAGACUUUUCUAACGGCGUCUCAGACGACACGUCGACGAGAAACGGCGUCGAUCCUCUGACCAGUCCCCUGCUGAGGGAAGAAAAGCGGAAGUGGCUCGGUCCCUCGGACGACGAAGACUUCUGGUCCGACCAAGCCUCCGGAGACCACGUCAGCGGCGAUGGUGUUGUCACUGGCGACGUCACCCCCGACGUCUACGGGACUCCGCCCACCGAGGCACUCGUGUACCUGAGAAUGACGUUUCUUGUUCUCAAUGAACCUUAUCGGGCGUCUCUGCAUGAUCCCCGGAGUGCCGAAUUUCACCAACUGUCCAACGAAAUUGCCACAGGUCUCAGAGACAUUUAUCGAUAUUCUCCGGACGUCAAGAUCAUCAAUGUCGUCUCUUUUAAACCCACCAUCCAUGACGGAAGGGAAGGACUGUUGGUGACGUCGGACGUGGGUUCUUCCUUAAAUUCUAACCAGUCUGCCUUGGCGAAUCAACUGAGAAACUCUGUCAAUAGGGGAUAUGUCGGAAAAUUCGUCACCUCGCCCGAACAGUUCACCUUCAGGAUAAGACUUCCUCCAGAUACACCUACUAUUUCAACUCCUUCUUGUUCUAAUGAUGAAUUAGCUUGUCACUCUGGAGAAUGUGUAUCCUUGAAUAAGAGAUGCGAUGGUUAUCAUGAUUGCCGAGAUGGAUCUGAUGAGAGUGGAUGUCGUGAUGGAAAGUUAUGCCGUAGCGAUGAUCAAAUAUUGUGCCGGGACGGUACGUGCAUUGACCAGGUUCGUCUUUGUGAUGGUGUCAGUGAUUGUCCGAUGGGAGAUGAUGAAGAAAAUUGUGAAAUAACAUGCUCAUCAGAUGAAUACAGAUGUGAUGAUGGUACUUGCACAAAGUUAGAAAAUCGUUGUGAUAGAAAAUAUGACUGUCCGGAUGGCUCUGACGAAAAAGAAUGUUCUUGUUUACCUAAUGAAUGGAGAUGUGAUGCUGGUCCUUGCAUAUCAAAUCAUCAUCGAUGUGAUGGAAAAGUAGAUUGUCCAAGAGAUACUUCUGAUGAAGCAGACUGUCCACCAGUAACAAAAGAAUGUAGUUCAUUUGAAUUUCGAUGUGGUGAUGGUACAUGUAUUCCAAUAAGUGAGAGGUGUAAUUAUCGAAUAAACUGCCAUGAUCAAUCUGAUGAAAGAAAUUGUCCUUGUCAACAUGAUCAAUUUAUGUGUGAAAAUGGUUUUUGUAUUAGUAAAAGUAAAAAGUGUGAUGGAUAUAAUGAUUGUCAAGAUGGCUCAGAUGAAAGAAAUUGCCCUGGACCUUGCCAAGCCAAUGAAUUUCGCUGUGAUGAUGGUACUUGUAUUGCAGCAGUGGAUCAUUGCAAUCGACAAUAUGAUUGCCCAGAUGGUUCAGAUGAGAGAGAUUGUCGUGCAUGUGGUCACAACCAAUUUCGCUGUAGUGAUGGAACUUGUGUUCAAGAGAAUGCUCGUUGUAAUAGAGUGUUUGAUUGUCUAGAUGGUUCUGAUGAAAGAGAUUGUGAUAAAGUUACACAUGUCUGUAAUUCAACUGAUUUUAUAUGCCCUGAUGGAACCUGUGUUAAUCAGACACAAAAAUGUGAUGGAAGAUCUGACUGUAGAGAUAGUUCUGAUGAAACUAUUUGCCAUAACUGUCAUGUUCAAGAAUUUGUCUGCAAUAAUGGUCAAUGUAUUAAUGUAAGACAACGUUGUGAUCGUAAAAGUGAUUGUCCAAAUGGAGAAGAUGAAGCAGAAUGCAAAGGUAAAAUUUUUAUCAGAUUUUACAUACUUAAUCCUUUACAUAUAUAUAUAAGAAAAUCAAUUAUAUAUACAAUUAUAGGUUUUGUUUGUAGUUCUGGUGAUAUAGUAUGUCGAGAUGGUUCAUGUGUAGAUAGUAGCAAACGUUGUGAUGGAAAAAUGGAUUGCCCAGGUGGUAUUGAUGAAGCUAACUGUAUUCCAGAUUGUAGACAUGACCAGUUUCAGUGCUCUAAUGGACAAUGUAUUGAUACAAAUUUGCAGUGUGAUAGAAAAUAUGAUUGUGCUGAUGGUUCUGAUGAACAGGAAUGUGGUAUGUCUACUAUAACAAAAUUAUAUUUAAUUAUGCUUAUAAAAAUUUGUUAUAUUUUAUUUUCAAAUAUAAACAAACAGCUUAAGCUAUAUCUAAAUAUAAACCAAAUAUUCUUAGAUAAAGUUACACAUGUCUGUAAUUCAACUGAUUUUAUAUGCCCUGAUGGAACCUGUGUUAAUCAGACACAAAAAUGUGAUGGAAGAUCUGACUGUAGAGAUAGUUCUGAUGAAACUAUUUGCCAUAACUGUCAUGUUCAAGAAUUUGUCUGCAAUAAUGGUCAAUGUAUUAGUGUAAGACAACGUUGUGAUCGUAAAAGUGAUUGUCCAAAUGGAGAAGAUGAAGCAGAAUGCAAAGGUUUUGUUUGUAGUUCUGGUGAUAUAGUAUGUCGAGAUGGUUCAUGUGUAGAUAGUAGCAAACGUUGUGAUGGAAAAAUGGAUUGCCCAGGUGGUAUUGAUGAAGCUAACUGUAUUCCAGAUUGUAGACAUGACCAGUUUCAGUGCUCUAAUGGACAAUGUAUUGAUACAAAUUUGCAGUGUGAUAGAAAAUAUGAUUGUGCUGAUGGUUCUGAUGAACAGGAAUGUGAUGAAUGCAGACCAGACCAAUUUCGUUGCACAAAUGGACAAUGUAUUGAUGCAAGCUUGCGUUGCGACAGAUUGAAUUAUGACUGUACAGAUGGAUCAGAUGAAUUCAAUUGUGAAUGUUUACCCGAUCAAUUUCAAUGCUCUAGUGGUGAAUGCUUGGACAGUUCUGUGAAAUGUGAUAAUAAAGAAGAUUGCAGAGAUGGAUCAGAUGAAAGGAAUUGUCAGGAAUGUGAAACACAAGAAUAUAAAUGUCACAAUGGAAAUUGUGUAGAUAAUGUUUUUCUCUGUGAUGGAUUUAAUGAUUGUUUUGAUUAUUCUGAUGAACAAUAUUGUGAAAGGAGGUCAUGUAGACCUUCUGAGUUUCAUUGUGCUGAUGGUGUUUGCAUUGAUAGAAUCAAGUAUUGCAACAAAAUAUUUGAUUGUUUUGAUCAUUCAGAUGAGUUGGAUUGCUGUAUGUUUAAUUAUAUCAAAAAUAAAAAAUUACUUUUUCUAACAAAAGUAUUGGGAUCUAAUAAUAUGAUUGAAAUUUGUGUUAGAAUAGUUUUUAGACUGGUUUGGAUUUGUAAACCUAAUCAGUAUAUAUGUGCCAAUUUUGAAUGCAUUCCUCAGAAUGCAAGAUGUGAUGGAAAAAUUGACUGUGGAGAUUCUUCAGAUGAAACUGAUUGCCCAUCUACAGCAGGAAUUCAGUUGAAGUUAUAUCCUGAAAGACAAAGUAUUAGACAAGGAAGAGAAGUUGUGUUUAGAUGUCGAGAUGAAAGUAGUCAUCGGGCUCCAGUCAAAUGGAGCAGAACUGAGAAUCGUCCUCUACCUGCUGGAAGUACAGAUAUUAGAGGUCGUCUUACAAUUCCAAAUAUUCAACCUGACCAAGGUGGAGUUUAUGUAUGCACUGCUGUUGGGGUAUCAGCUGGAAUACCAGGUGCACAGAGGAUUGCCUUUUUGUCUGUUAAUCCAUAUCUUCCACCUGUGACUUUGCCACCUAUUGUUCCUGGAACAUGUAGCCCAUAUGAAAAUGCCACAUGUCAAAAUGGUGAAUGCAUUCCUCGUGCUUAUGUAUGUGAUGGAGAUUAUGAUUGUACAGAUAGAUCAGAUGAAUAUAAUUGUGCUCAUUCAAGAUGUGAGCCAAAUGAAUUUCAAUGUGAUAAUCAAAAGUGUGUAUUAAAAGUAUGGCGAUGUGAUGGUGAUAAUGAUUGUGAAGAUAAUAGUGAUGAAAGAGAUUGUGCACCCACUGUUGUUGGUUCACCUUGCCAUUAUAGUGAAUAUAGAUGCUUAUCUGGAGAUCAAUGUAUUCCAAAAAGUUUUCAAUGUGAUACUGAAUUUGAUUGUCAGGAUAACUCUGAUGAAAUUGGAUGUGCUCCACCAACUAUUACGCAACCUCCUCCUGAUACAUUAACUGUAGAAGAAGGAGGAACUGUAAUAAUAUCUUGCACUGCUGUUGGCACUCCUGUUCCAAUCAUUAGUUGGAGGUUAAAUUGGGGACAUAUUCCUCCUCCACCUAGAGUUAUAGUAGUUAGUGAGAAUGGAAGAGGUACAGUCACUAUUCAUAAUGCUCGACCUAGUGAUCAAGGAGCUUGGAGCUGUGAAGCUAUUAAUAGUAAAGAUAGUGUACUGGCAGUUCCUGAUUGUAUUUUAGUUGUAAAAUCUAAAGUAGGUAUCUGUCGUCCACCAUUAUUUAAUGAGCAUGCAGAUAGCCCAUCUGAUUGUCUUCGCUGUUUCUGUUUUGGUAUAACUGAUACAUGUUACAGCAGUAAUUUACAUAUUACCCCUAUAUUAUUACAAACAGAAAUUUCUAUUGUUGCUCUGCGUAAAGAUUCAUCUGGACAUUACAUAGAUGUAAGCCAACAGUAUCCACCAGACCAAAAUGCAAUUCAAUAUAAUUCCAUAAACAGAGAAUACAGAAUUGACAAUAGAGUAAAAUUAGGCUCAGUGCCAUCUGACAUACAUUAUUAUUGGAGUUUACCUCCAGAAUUUUUAGGCAAUCAGUUAAAUAGCUAUGGUGGAUACAUUCGUUACAUUUUACGAUACCGUACUCCGGUCAUUCCAAGACCUCCACGUCUCGUAGAUGUUAUAAUUAAAGGCAAUAACAUUACACUUUAUCAUGUUUUCAGUGAUCCAUAUGGACCAAAUAGAGAUAAUCAUAUGAAGGUUCAUUUUUGGGAGGGAAAAUGGCAUAGAAGUGAAGCACAGGGAAGACAUGAUGUGCCUAUAAGUGAUACACCCACCAGAGGAGAAAUUCUUACUGUUUUACAAAAUAUUAAAGCAAUCUAUAUUAGAGCAAGUUAUGAUGAGGAACUAAUUGAUUCCAGUAUUUUAAAUUUUGAAAUGGAUACAGCUUCAAUCAUUGAUUCAACUGAUACUGUAACCCAUCAAGCAACAUUUGUAGAAAAGUGUUCCUGUCCACAGGGAUAUACAGGAAAUUCUUGUGAAAACUGUGCAGAAGGAUAUGUAAGAAGAUCAGGACGUUAUUUGGGAGAAUGUGUUCUAUCUAGAAUACCUUGUAAUUGUCAUGGACAUUCAAGUCAGUGUGAUCCUUCUACAGGAGAAUGCUUGAACUGCAAUCAUAAUACUGAAGGAAGACAAUGUGAAAGAUGUAAACGUGGCUUUUAUGGAGAUGCCAGGAGAGGUACUGUAGAUGAUUGUCAACGAUGUCCUUGUCCCUUGAUUACACCUUCAAAUCAGUUUUCACCAACAUGUAGAUUGGAAUCUGAUGGACAAAUUACUUGUGAUGCUUGCCCAAUUGGAUAUGAGGGCCGACGCUGUGAAAGAUGUGCUCCUGGUUAUGAAGGAAAUCCAAAUGUUCCUGGUGGUAGUUGUAGAAUAAGAGGAGGAAUUCAGUGCAAUACUAUUGGCAGUUUAACUUCAGAGCCAAGUCCUUCAACUGGACUUUGCCAGUGUAAGCCAUAUGUUACUGGUUCAAGAUGUGAUCAAUGCAGACCAAAUACAUUUUAUCUUCACCAUGAAUCUCCAUUUGGAUGUCUUGAUUGCUUUUGUAUGGGUGUGACAAAGGCUUGUGGAAGCAGUACAUGGCACAGAGAUCAGGAAUAUUUAAGACCAUCAACUGGAUAUACUGGAGUCAUUUUGACUAAUAAUAUGAGAACUUACAGUAUUGACCAUAACUUACAGAUUGAUUUUAGGACAAGAGCGUUAACAUUUAGAAAUUUUGGUUUGCAUCCAAUUCAAACAUAUUUUUGGCAACUACCUUCACAAUUCCUUGGUGAUAAGGUCACAGCUUAUGGGGGAAAACUUAAUUUUACGAUUGCAUAUCAGUCUGGACUUCGUUCUGAAGCAAAUACUGAUCCUGAUGUAGAACUUAUGGGAAAUGGAAUAUUUUUAAUAUAUCGACAUCACCAUCGUAUCAGAGAAGGUGAGCCUCAAUCAAUAUCAAUACCUAUGUAUGAGAAUUCUUGGCUAAGAUCAGAUGGCCAACCAGUUCCCAGAGAACUUUUUCUGAUGGCAUUAGCAGAUUUAGAUAGAAUAUUAAUUAAAGCAACACAUACAACAGAAACAAAUGCUGCUAGAGAUGCCAACUAUUACAGAUUUUUCAUAGCUUUGAGGAAGUCAUGUGUAAAUUACAGACUUACAGAACCAACAUGUCAAUGUGAUGCUCGUGGAAGUUUGGAAUCAGUCUGUGACUUUCGAAAUAAUUGUCCUUGCAAGACACAUGUGAGAGGAAGAAAUUGCAAUCGUUGUAAAGAAGGCUAUUUUAAUUUGGAAGCAAAAAAUCCAGAAGGUUGUCUAACUUGCUUUUGUUUUGGAGUCACUCAGCAAUGCAGUAGCAGCUCUUAUUAUAGAGAUCAGAUUUAUAUGAGACUUGAUGACUCAGGUGAUCCAUACCAUCAUAAUUUCCAACUCACUAAUCGUUAUAGAGCAAAAACUAUAACUGAAGGCAUCACAUUAAAUUCUGCUCAAAAUGAAGUUAGUUAUUCCUCAUUUUCUCAAAGCCCAGAAAAAGAAGAAACAUUAUAUUGGUCUCUACCAGCUAUAUUUUUAGGAAACAAGCUAACAUCUUAUGGAGGCAAACUACGCUUCACUCAGCAAUACAUAGCUGGUGAUACUGAUGGUGAAUAUCCUGAUGCUGAUGUUGAAAUUACUGGCUAUGGCAUUACAAUAUUUUAUGUAAAUAAUGCAACUUUAAAACCUCUGGAAAGUAGAACAUUUGAAAUUGAAAUGAAAGAGAAUAAUUGGCAAAGAGUAGAUUCACGUGGGCCAACAUCUGCUACUAGAGAAGAUUUUAUGAGAGUGUUAGCAAAUGUUGAAGCACUUUUGAUUCGUGCAUCAUUCCAUUCAAAGAUGCAGCAGACUAUGUUAAGGAAUGUAAUACUUGAUACUGCAGUUCCUCAGGACUCUGGCCAAGGUCUUGCUGUUGAAGUUGAACAGUGUGUUUGCCCACCAGGUUACAUAGGAUUAUCAUGUGAGGAAUGUGCUCCAGAAUAUAUCAGAGAUACGGCUGGUCCUGGUUUAGGUCGUUGCACUCGAUGUAACUGCAAUGGACAUUCAGAAUCAUGCGAUGCUAAUACAGGAAGAUGUAUUAGAUGCAGACAUAAUACUAUGGGAGACAACUGUGAACGAUGCAUAGAUGGUUAUUAUGGAGAUUCCACGAGAGGCACUCCUGAAGACUGUAAACCUUGUCCAUGUCCACUAACUACACCAUCAAAUCAAUUCUCUCCAACUUGUUUCCUUGAUACUGAUGGUCAGCCAACCUGCAAUGCUUGUCCUUUGGGAUACACAGGAAGAAAUUGUGAAAGAUGCUCAUCAGGAUAUAGAGGAAAUCCCAUUCAACCUGGUGGUAGAUGUGAAAUACCAGGAGGUGUCAGACCAGCAAUUCAGGUUAAAAUUGAAGAUUCAAGAAAUCAGAGAGUUCCAGUUGGUGCAACUGUAUCAUUUAGAUGUUCUGCUAGCAGUCAGAGCAGUGAUGCUGUAUACCAACUGGUGUGGACAAAAGAAGGCGGUGUAAUGCCAAGCCAGGCAACAGAAGCAAGUGGAGUUCUUACUAUAACAAAUGUCAGACCAGAAGAUACUGGCGUGUAUAUUUGUACUGCAUCUGAUUUAACAAGUGUUGCUCAAGAAAGAGCUACUUUAACAGUUGAAGGUACAGGUAGACCUACUCCACCAAGAGUACGCAUUGAACCUCGUUUUCAGACUGUUAAAGUUGGACAGUCCGUUGAAUUUCGUUGUAUUGCUGAAGGAUUUCCACAGCCAACCCUUAAUUGGCAUGGUGGCCAAAAUAACCAAUUAAAUCCACAAUCUACAUUUAUCGAUGGAGUUUUCCGUAUACCUGCUGCUCGACCAAGUGAUCAAGCUGAAUAUUUUUGCAUGGCUACAAACUCUGCUGGAACAGAAACAAUCAGAACUGUUUUAUUUAUUGAGAGAGAUGACUUUACUAUUAGUGAAGAACCACAACUAACUNGUUUUGGCCCCCCCCUUCCAAACUUUUUAGGUACAGGUAGACCUACUCCACCAAGAGUACGCAUUGAACCUCGUUUUCAGACUGUUAAAGUUGGACAGUCCGUUGAAUUUCGUUGUAUUGCUGAAGGAUUUCCACAGCCAACCCUUAAUUGGCAUGGUGGCCAAAAUAACCAAUUAAAUCCACAAUCUACAUUUAUCGAUGGAGUUUUCCGUAUACCUGCUGCUCGACCAAGUGAUCAAGCUGAAUAUUUUUGCAUGGCUACAAACUCUGCUGGAACAGAAACAAUCAGAACUGUUUUAUUUAUUGAGAGAGAUGACUUUACUAUUAGUGAAGAACCACAACUAACUGUCUCUCCAUCAAAUUAUGAAGCUCAGAGAGGUGAAACAGUUAGAUUUAAUUGUCAGGUUACAGGAACACCAACUCCAACAAUAAAAUGGUCUUUCUCAGGCGGUACUUUACCAGAAGGGACAAGUCAGGUUGGUGGAAUGCUUAUACUUCCACGAGUAAAUGAAGCUCAUCAAGGUAUUUAUAUAUGUACUGCUAGUAAUUCUCAUGGAACAGCCCAAGCUCAAACAAGAUUGUUAAUUUCCACUCAUCGGUUACCUCCAUCAGUAAGAAUUGAGCCUGAAAGACAGACAAUCAUUCAAGGUAAAAUUGGUGAAUUACGAUGUAUUGCAAGUGGUACUCCUGGUCCUGUUGUCACUUGGAGUAAAGUUGGUGGAGAAUUAACUCCAAGACAUCAGGUUCAAGGAGAACAACUAAUAAUUAAAGAUGCAAAAAUAGAAGAUAGAGGAUUGUACACUUGCACUGCUGAAAAUAGAGAUGGUUCUGCACAAGCAUCUUCAAUAGUAGAAAUUGAAAGAAGAGAAAUUCCCGCAAUUGAAAUAUAUCCAUCUCCAACUCAAAAAGUUUUAUCUGGAGGAAAUGCUUUGUUCCAAUGUAGAGUAGUAGCUGGAAUACCUUCUCCAACUGUAGAAUGGACAAGAUCAGAUGGCAGUCCUUUCACAAGUAGCACUGAAAUUUUACAAGGUGGCGUAAUUAGAUUUAAUAGAGUAACUGGUGAAGAAGAAGGAAAUUAUGUAUGUAAAGCUGAAAAUAUUGUCGGAGACGUUGUAGCUGUUGCCUCCUUACAAAUUGAGGGUGCACCAGUUUUAAGAAUAUUGCAGGCAAAUCCCUAUCGUGCCCGUCCUGGUGAUACAGUGAGAUUUGAAUGUACUGCAUCUGGAGAUCCAAAACCUAGCUUAGAAUGGAGGAAGUUAAGACAGCCACUUGUAUCUUAUGCUGCAUCUGAAGAAGAAGAAGGAACAGCUGUAUUGGAAAUAAAGAGAGUAGCAUUGUCAGAUGCAGGAGUCUAUGUCUGCAAAGCAAGAAGUGCUACUGGAGUUUCAGAAGAACGCAUUCAAUUAGUUGUUGAAGAUAUAGAUACAGAUAUUCCAGCAGUCAGUGUUUUGGAGAGAGUAGUAACAGCUAAUGUUGGAAGCAAAAUAGAACUUAGAUGCAUUGUAAAAGGUACUGAUAAAGUUUUAGUUCUGAAGUGGACAAGAUCUGAUGGUAAACCAAUGUCACCAGAUCACACACUUCAUAAUGGCAUCCUAACUAUAAACAAUGUACAAAAAGAAGAUGCUGGUGAAUAUACUUGUGUUAGUGUUACAGAAGGUGAUCUCAUUAAUUUGGAAGAUAAAGCCAGAUUGGCUGUCGUAGCUCCUCCAACCAUUCAUUUGAAUCCGAUCUCACAAAUUGUCAAAGUUGGUGAUAUUGUUAGGAUCCAUUGUACUGCAAUUGGAGACCAACCAAUCACAGUUGAUUGGAGUAGACCUGGUCAUCAACUUGCACCCAACGUUGUUCAAAUUAACGGUGUUCUAGAAUUUAGAGGAAUUACAUUGCGUGAUUCAGGGCGUUAUUUAUGUACAGCGGUAAAUGCUGCUGGUAAAGCAAGAGGAUAUGCAGAUGUUACUGUUAAUGAACGAGAACCUGAUUCAAAUUACAGAGAAGAAACAGGCUUUCUAGGUGCUAGUAUUGAAUUAAGAUGUCCAAUAGCAGGUUUUCCUCCACCUACAAUCGUAUGGAAUAAAGAAGAUGGAACCAUAGCUCCAAAUGUAAAUAUUGUUAACAAUGAAUUAAGGAUCAAAGACCUACAACAUGAAAAUACAGGUAAAUAUAUCUGUACAACUACUAAUUAUCCACAAAGGAAGCAAGGGUUUAUUCUACUGACUGUGAAAAAUGGUGAAGUAAAUUGCAAUACUGACCAGAUUACAUGUGGUGAUGGGAAUUGCAUCGAAAAUAGCAAGCGAUGCAAUGUUUUGCCUGAUUGCCACGAUCGGUUGGACAAAACGCAUUGUAAUAAAGAACGGAAAAGGGCCAUUCCAACAUUGGAAGUCAAAAUUGAUACAAAUAAAGAUCCAGUUAAUUUAGGAGACACAUUGAGAAUACAUUGCAAAGUGACUGGAGAUCCGUCUGCUCGGAUACUGUGGUCGAAACUUCGGCAGGAAGGACCUCUUCCUGAUAAUAUAAGAUUCCACGGUCCAAUAGUAAUAAUUAAUGGAGUGAGAACUGCAAAUGGUGGUGUAUAUCGUUGUACAGUAGAUAGCUAUGCUGGUACUUUCCAUGAAGAUUAUCUUUUAGCAAUACAAGUACCUCCAUCAAUACCACCAUUUGCAGUGGAAACCAGAAUGGCACCAUUUGGUCGCAAUGUAAAUAUUACCUGUAAUACAAAUUUGGAUCCUCCAGUAGCUUACACUUGGUCAAAACAAGGCAGUGCUUUGCCACCUCAUUCAUUCACCGAUAGGAAUAUAUUAUCAAUUCAGAAAAUACAGGCAGAAGAUGCAGGAACAUACAUCUGUACUGCUAAAAGUGCUGUUGCUACUUUAGAAAUUCCAACAAUUAUUGUAGUUACAGGUGUUAUUCCUUUAUUUACUCAAGCUCCUUUAUCUUACAUGAAGUUAGAUACAAUGCAUGAAGCUUAUACAAAUUUUGAAUUUGAAAUUUCAUUUAAACCAGAGAGCUUUGAUGGUCUUAUUUUGUAUAAUGGGCAGCAGUCUGGUGGAGGUGGAGAUUUUGUUUCAUUUGGCUUAUCUGAUGGUUACAUACAACUCAGAUAUGAGCUUGGGUCUGGUCCAGCAAUAAUUAGUAGUCCAGAACAAGUAGAAUUAGGCAAUUGGUAUAAUGUGCUUGUCACAAGAGAUAAAAUUAAGGGAGUCAUGAAGAUAAAUGAUUAUUUGGUAGUAAAUGGCUCUGCUGGAGGUGACAAUGUUGGAUUGGAUCUUGCCGAGCCUCUCUACAUUGGUGGGGUUCCGGAUUUUAGAGCCAUUUCACGCCAAGCUGGAUUUCAACAAGGUUUUAUUGGUUGUAUUAGCUAUUUUAGAAUUAAAGAUAAAGAAUAUGACUUACUUCGUGAAGCUGAAAAAAUUGGUGUAACAAUAUGUGAUACAUGUAAAGUAAAUCCAUGUGAACAUGGUGGUGUCUGCCAACCAGCUUUAGUGAAAAUGGGAAUCAAAUGCAUUUGUCCUUCUGGAUUUUCUGGAAUUAGAUGCGAGAAUGUUGCUGAAACUUGUUAUCCAGGUGUGUGUGGGGAAGGAAGAUGUGUCAAUAACCCAAUUGGAGGAUUUGAAUGUUAUUGUCCAUAUGGCCGAACAGGCUUGCGGUGUGAAAAAGAGAUCUUAAUUAUUGAGCCAGCAUUUUCAAAUGAUGCUUAUGCUGCUUAUCCUAUAAAUGGGCAAUUUAAUAAAUUGGAUAUGAAAGUGAAAUUACGAAGACUGGAUGAUGGUUUAAUAUCCUAUUCAGCUCAAAGUGCUUUUGGAAAUGGUGAUUUUGUAUCACUGGCAGUUCUUAACAAAAGUAUAGAAUUUCGAUUUGAUACUGGUUCUGGACCUGCUAUACUAAAAAGUCCAGAAAAAUUAUAUGCUGAUCAGUGGGUAACAAUAACAGCAACAAGAACCAAUCGUGAAGGAUCCUUAACUGUUAAUAAUGGAACUUCUGUACGAGGUACAUCUCCUGGUCAUACAAGAGGUCUUGAUCUACGUCUUCCUUUGUAUGUUGGAGGUUAUGAUAAAACCAAAGUGACCGUAUCUCCAUUAGCAGGAGUUAAUCAUGGAUUUGAUGGAUGUAUUGCUCAUAUGGAAGUUAAUGCCGUUGAAAUUGAUUUUGUAAAUUCUCUUGUGGAUUCAUCCAAUGUUGAAGAUUGUGGAGGAGGAGCACCUUGUGAUAGAAAUCCAUGUCUAAAUAAUGGAAUCUGCACAAAUGAAGGAUCAGGCCAAUAUUCUUGUGAAUGUAGAAGUGGAUAUAGUGGUAGUAAUUGUGAAGUAGAGAAUGACUUCUGUCAAUUAAUGACUCCUUGUGCAGAAGGAUCCACUUGCAUUGAUGUUGGUGGAACUUUCAAAUGCCACUGUCCACUAGGGAGAACUGGAUUAAGAUGUGAUCAAAGUACCAGUUUUGAUGAUGAAGCCAUGUUUGAAGGAGAUGGAUAUCUGUCAUUACCACAGUCUUUAUUACCUCGAAGUUCUCAUUCCUCCAUUAAUGAGACAGAAGAAAUUACUAUUACUUUUAUGACCACAAAAAGUGAUGGAUUAUUGCUAUUCCAAGGACAGAAACCUCAUACUGAUGGCAAAGGUCAAGAUUAUUUGGCUUUGGCUAUUGUUGAUGGUUAUCUAGAAUUUAGCUAUGAACUUGGCAGUGGUGCCUCUGAAAUAAAAUCUUCAGUGAAAGUAGAUGAUGGAAAACCUCAUACUGCAAAAAUUAAGAGGUUUGGAUCGCACGGCGUGUUAAACGUCGAUCAUAUAGAUCAUCAGGAAGGACACUCCAAAGGACUACUUAAACAACUGAACACGGACGGUGAUAUAUAUAUCGGUGGUGUCCCAGAUCAUCAGUUAAUGACUGCCGGCAGAUAUCCUGUUGGAUUUCACGGUUGUUUAUGGGAAUUUAAAAUAGGCCCGCAUGAUUCCGAAGUGAUCAAUUUAUACGAGAGAGCAAUAACGGGAAGAAAUGUCAAACCGUGUCCAGAAAUUGACGGUAGUGGUGGUGAAUCACUUUUGGACAAUGCCAGAAUUUCAUAAUACGCGGAAGAAAUUAGAUGUUGAUAUUCAGACAUCAAAAAUAAUCGACAAGCAAUAGACCGGAAUAGAAUAGAUUUUUUUUAUGAUCGGAAUAAUAAUUAACCUUCUAAAUCUCAAUUUCUGCUCUUACGACAGAUGCGACGUCGAACAAUUUAUAAAGACAGUCGAUAAAAUGGGCUUUGCAAUUAUGUUAACGAGUUUAAUUUGUCUUCUUUAUAAUAGUGUCUUUCAUUCUGUCGAGAACCGAGAAUACGGCGAGACCAAAAAAUGUCGAAAUUAUUAACUAUUUCUUAACCUCCAUUAUGUAUCUCUUGAAAAAAGUGAUAGAACUGUAAUAUAUAAACACAGAAGAUAAUCGGCGAGUAUAACUUUUCCAAAGCGUUGCGAAACAAACUAUUUUGUGAAUUCACUUUUUUCAACAAUUGCAUUGUUCACUGCCAUGAAUGUCACAUUGUGUAAUAGCUGUCCUGUUUUUGAAGUCGCAAAACUAUUUUAAUGGUGCUAUCUUUCGUGUGAAACUUAAGUUCUUUAUUUUGUAUGGAUGAAUGAUGCGCGUGUGAUGUGUGAAUGAGUCUAAAUAUUUGAAAGUGAAAGUGAGACACCCAUCGUCCAUAGGAAAUUCGAUGAGAAAUAUGUUUUGUACAAAAAUUUCUUUGCUCCAAAUGUUUCGAUGUUAUUUCAAAUUUGUGCUAUCGUAUAUUGACUAACGAGUACUCUUUUUUAAUUUUGUUUUUUGUUAUAGACCUUCAGAAAACAGAAAGGCUACCACUACAUAAAUUUCCAAAAAAUAUAAAAAAAAAAGUUUAAAAAAAAUUGUGAAUGUUUAAGAAUUGGAAUAAAGGAAAAA